AUAGGCUUGCGAAUAGUUCACACGCAUCGCACAAAAAUCAAGAAUCAAGUCUUCGAAAUUAAUUGAGUGAAUCACGAAUCAUAAUUGAGUGUGUUGUGAUGUGAAAGCGACGAGACGGACGGUGAACAAAUUCUGCACACUUAAUUAAGUGCUUGGUCGAGUCGGGUCAAAGGUCAUUUAUUUUAUAAUACAAUUUGAGUAAUCAUACACCAGCUGUGAACAAUGAACUUCAACGAAUUUGAGAGAGAUUGUCUGCAAGCGCACAACCAAUUUCGUGUCAAGCAUGGCAGUCCACCAUUAUCACUAGAUCGAGGACUUUGCAUUUAUGCCAAGGAGUGGGCGGAAACUUUGGCUCGUCGCAAUAUUUUACAACAUCGUACAAAUAACCGUUAUGGCGAAAAUAUCUACAUGACAAUGGGCCGUCCCAAUUUACGCGGUGGUGAUGCGGUGAGCAGUUGGUACGCUGAGGUACGUGAUUAUAAAUUUGGAUCCGGCAGUGCUUUCGACCUAAAAACAGGACAUUUUACACAAGUGGUAUGGAAGGGCAGCAAACGUCUGGGCGUGGCGAUGACGAGAAGCGGUGAUCGUAUAUAUGUUGUCGCCAACUAUGACCCACCAGGAAAUUAUGAUGGUGAAUUUUCAAAUAAUGUUUUGCCGGCAAUAAGAGUACACAAGCUGUGUGCGCCGCAGGACUGCCUUUACUCGGUGCGGUACGUUGAAAUUAUGGCUACGGUAAAGCGUACCGUUAUCAUUAAAAAGGUUUCCGUGAGCGGCGCACCCAACCAACCGCCGCCGAAACCCAUUACAAUAUCACAAGCCGAUUUUGAGAAAGCUUGCUUGGAGGCGCACAAUAAAUUUCGAGCCAUGCACGGCACACCACCGCUCAGUAUUAAUCCAAACCUCACGCAGGUCGCCGCCAAAUGGGCGCAGAACCUGGCGAAACGGCAGAAGAUGGAGCACAGCCCCAAUGGCAAGUACGGUGAGAAUAUCUAUUACAGCAGCGGCCAGCAGGUGACACCGGAUAUGCCCGCGAAGAUGUGGUAUGACGAGAUUGCCAAAUAUGAUUUCGCCAAGUCAGUGUUCAAUCCAUACACCGGACACUUUACACAGCUGAUAUGGCGCGACACGAAGCAAGUGGGCGUGGCAUAUGCGACGUCUGGUGAAAAGGUUUGGGUUGUCGCCAAUUACGAUCCACCGGGUAAUGUGAACGGUUUCUUCAAAGAUAAUGUGCCGCCAAAAAAGUGAGAAAGAAACAGGAAACGAGCUUCCAGCAAUAUUUCAAGGCCACCGCCUUUUGGUGACUUCCGAAAGGUGUGGAGAAAAUGUAAAUACUCUAGUUGCGCUCACAAUUGCCUAGCCUUUUUAAAAAAUGCUUAAGAAAUGGAAUGAGAAACUCUCCAUCAUUUAUUUUAAGAGAGUGCAAUAAAAUGGGUAUAGAGUUACCAUAACAAAAUGAAAUAGGUUAACUGAAAUAAAUUAAAAGUAGCUACUCUGGA